GGAUGCGGACGUCAGGGGUAAGGUGGGUAACCUGCGGCCUGGGGCUGACAGGGAAUAAACUACCCGCCAGAGAGCAGCUCGGAGGAGACACCGUGGAGCCCGGGCUAGACCGAGAAGGGGGCCGAGAGAGUAGAGGCUGACAAGGUGGUGGAACCAAGGACCUCGUAUGUGCACCCGUGUGGGCACUGCUGCUUGAGAGCAUGAUGGCCAACAACAGUCGCAACUUCCACAACUAGUCCUAGUUGUCAGGGGCUUACUGUGUGGACAGCACUGUACCAGGGAUGUCACACGCAUUAAGAUAGCUGAUGCUUCCUGCGUUCUUGGAGAGCCUGGCCACCCGCUGCCCUGAUGGAUCCCCUGAACCUGUCCUGGUACGAUGAUGAUCUGGAAAGCCGGAACUGGAGCCGGCCCUUCAACGGCUCGGAAGGCAAGGCCGGCAAGCCCCACUACAACUACUACGCCAUGCUGCUCACCCUGCUCAUCUUCGUCAUCGUCUUUGGCAACGUGCUGGUGUGCAUGGCCGUGUCCCGCGAGAAGGCGCUGCAGACCACCACCAACUACCUGAUCGUCAGCCUCGCGGUGGCCGACCUCCUGGUGGCCACACUCGUCAUGCCCUGGGUCGUCUACCUGGAGGUGGUGGGCGAGUGGAAAUUCAGUAGGAUUCACUGUGACAUCUUUGUCACUCUGGACGUCAUGAUGUGCACGGCAAGCAUCCUGAACCUGUGUGCUAUCAGCAUCGACAGGUACACGGCCGUGGCCAUGCCCAUGCUCUACAACACUCGCUACAGCUCCAAACGCCGCGUCACCGUCAUGAUCGCCAUCGUCUGGGUCCUGUCCUUUACCAUCUCCUGCCCGCUGCUCUUCGGACUCAACAACACAGACCAGAACGAGUGCAUAAUCGCCAACCCCGCGUUCGUGGUGUACUCCUCCGUCGUGUCCUUCUACGUGCCCUUCAUCGUCACGCUGCUGGUCUACAUCAAGAUCUACAUCGUCCUCCGCAGGCGUCGCAAGCGGGUCAACACAAAGCGGAGCAGCCGGGCUUUCAGGGCCAACCUGAAGGCCCCGCUCAAGGGCAACUACACUCACCCCGAGGACAUGAAACUCUGCACCGUUAUCAUGAAGUCCAAUGGCAGUUUCCCAGUGAACAGGCGGAGAGUGGAGGCUGCCCGCCGAGCCCAGGAGCUGGAGAUGGAGAUGCUGUCCAGCACCAGCCCCCCUGAGAGGACCCGGUACAGUCCCAUACCGCCCAGCCACCACCAGCUGACCCUCCCCGACCCGUCCCACCACGGCCUCCACAGCACUGCCGACAGCCCCGCCAAACCAGAGAAGAAUGGGCAUGCCAAAGACCACCCCAAGAUUGCCAAGAUCUUUGAGAUCCAGUCCAUGCCCAAUGGCAAAACCCGGACCUCUCUCAAGACCAUGAGCCGCAGGAAGCUGUCCCAGCAGAAGGAGAAGAAAGCCACCCAGAUGCUCGCCAUUGUUCUUGGCGUGUUCAUCAUCUGCUGGCUGCCCUUCUUCAUCACCCACAUCCUGAACAUCCACUGUGACUGCAGCAUCCCGCCCGUCCUCUACAGCGCCUUCACGUGGCUGGGCUACGUCAACAGCGCCGUGAACCCCAUCAUCUACACCACCUUCAACGUCGAGUUCCGCAAGGCCUUCAUGAAGAUCCUGCACUGCUGACCUGCGGCCACCUGCACGGCAGCCUGCUUCCCGCCUCUCCGCCUGGCCGGCCGGCUCGCACUUCCAGGGAGCCGCGGGCAGGGCGGUGGGGGGGCGGGCGGACUGGGCCUUCUCUUUGCUUGGCUCCAUGCCCCUCCGUGCCCGCACACCCACACUCUGCCGGGGUAGUGCUCAGGAGCCAGGCACUGUGCCGGCCCGCGGGCUGGACCCCUGGCUCGGGGGCAGCUCACAGAGCCCCCCUCCCACCUCGAGGCCCCCUCUCCUUGGCACCAAAGAUGCAGCCGCCUUCUCUGACCUUUCUCUGGGGUCCUGGGUUGCCAGGGCGAGAGGCACGGCUCAGAGACCAUGCUUUCUGUUGGGUCUGGCUCGGUCUUCACAGGCCAAUGCUGGGGCGGGCCGUGGGGAAGGAUGAACAGGUCCCACUCCACAGGGCCAUGCCCGGGAAGCCAGAGCUCCUGCCAAGGCCCCAGGCAACUGCAGUCCUGGGAGCCCCAUGUAAAUACCAGACCACAGGGUGAACCCCAGAGGAGCCCAAGCCAAAAAUCUUCGCUCGCUCCCUGUCCUGCCCCACAGGAGCGUCCGUUUCCCCAGAAGUGGGGCCCGCCCCGCCCCAACCCGCUCCAGCACCCACAUGGUUUCUGUACCUUCUGAGGGCAGGAACCCGGGUCAUGAAGGGCCCCCAGGAACGUCUGUGGGGAGGGGGACCUCCCCCAAGCCCACUCUGCCACCUCCUGACAGACUCGGUUCAUCCCUUCUCGUAGCAACUUUGGGGCUGGCCUGCAAGCAGGCAGGGAAGGUGGGCUUGGGGCCACAUCUGGGCCUGGGCUGGGGUGCUGGAGGGUCUUCGGGGGGCUGCCUCCUGCACACUCUGCCACAAACUGCCUCUCCUUUCCCUUUGCCUCUUCUCUCUCCCGUUGCCUUUCCCUUCCGCUAUCUCCACCUUAGAGAAGCCCGUGGCAAGGGGACUGCGGAGUGCCACUUGGCCUGGGCUGGCCCCGCCCUGAGGGAGGAGGGGAGGCUGCAGCUUGGGGAGCCCCUGGGCCCAGACUCUGUAACAUCACUACACAUGCUCCAAAUGAAUAAAACUCUGACAAGA